AUGCUUAACAACGAAGAGACAAACUCUCUCUCAGACCAAGACUACCGAAGCCUUGUCCACGACUUCAAUGCCGCCGAAGACAUUUCCUUACUUGGUGGUCGACUAGACCGAUUAUUUGAGAAGAUUGUGGAAGCUUUCCCCAAAAACACAGCUCUAAUUCAUAGAGAGACCAAGAUAACAUUCUCUGAGCUCAAUGAGUCCGCAAACGUACUCGCACGAAGCCUCAUAAAGCGAGGCUUAAAGCAUGGCGACUUGGUCGGCCUAGCUGUGUCACGGUCCAUCGACCUUAUUGUGGUCAUCCUGGCUGUUCUCAAGCUAGGUGCUGCAUAUGUGCCUAUCGAUCCAUUAUUUCCUGCGGAACGCAUUAAUCAAAUGGUCAGCGAUGCUGGUCCUAAGCUCAUCCUCUUGAGUGGCAGUCCGAGCAAGGGCUUGGCGAGCUGGAAAGAUAUCUGUAUGAGCGUUGACGAGGCAAGAGAUAGCUCGGUUACCGAUACCACCAAUCUCGAAGCUGAUAUACAACCACAUGAUUUGUCAUAUGUAAUCUAUACAUCUGGUUCAACCGGAAGGCCAAAGGGUGUUGAAAUUAGCCAUGGGGCAGCUGCCAACUUCCUGAGCUCAUUACAGAAGUAUGAGCCAGGCUGCAAUGAGCGGGAUAUAUUGCUUGCCAUAACGACAAUAUCCUUCGAUAUGUCAGCCCUAGAGCUAUUGCUCCCACUUGUUUCCGGUACCGCAAUGGUCAUUGCAGAUACCACCGCUGUGAAAAAUCCGCGAGAGCUCUUAGAGUUAAUGAGACGGCAUCGGGUUACUAUUUUGCAAGCUACCCCAGCGACCUGGACAAUGCUCCUUGAGUCGGGAUGGAAAGGGGAUCCGAGGCUGUCCAAAAUCAUAUGCGGAGGCGAACCUCUCACCCGCCAACUGGCAGACCGGCUACUCGCCGCCGCUGAUUCGGUGUGGAACGUGUAUGGACCUUCAGAGACGACAUACGGGAGCGUCGGGAGAGUGGGAGAAGGCGAUAUCGUCGUUGGAAAGCCUGUUGUUAAUGGACGGAUUUAUGUCCUCGACGACAACCUGUCUCCUGCGCCUAUCGGCUGCGAAGGAGAAAUAUAUAUCGGCGGCGGCAGCGUCUCGAACGGCUACCGCAACAACGCCGACCUGACACGCGCGCGCUUCAUCGCGAAUCCGUUCCACGGCGGAUUGUUUUUCCGCACCGGCGACCUCGGCCGUUUUCUCGCUCCUGGAAAGCUCCAAGUCGUUGGCCGCAUUGAUGGAGUGGUCAAGAUCCGCGGCCACCGUAUUGACGUUGGCGACAUCGAAGCGGUGAUUCUUGACCAUGCAAAUGUGUCCGCAGCCGUUGUAAUAAGCCAUGAUGAUCGCCUGGUGGCUUACUGCGUGUUGGAUCGGGCCCUGGCCAGCGAUAUUUCACUUGAUACCAUUCUACGACCAUGGGUGGCAGAACGCCUUCCAGCGUAUAUGCUGCCGGCAUUUUUCGUUCGAAUGGACGCCUUGCCGUUGUCACCCAAUGAAAAGGUCAACCGCAAAGCACUUCCUAAUCCACUAGAGGCUAUCCAAAGCCAGGCCUCGAAGCAACCAACUUCUGAGCUGGAGCAACAGCUUUUGGCAAUCUGGUCCGAUAUUCUUGGACACGACCGAUUUGGCAUAGAAGAUAACUUCUUCAACCUUGGUGGUGACUCCGUGCGCAUAAUUCGUAUGCAAGCAAUAUUGGAGAGGCUUUUGCAUCGGCCUAUACCCACGCCUAAAUUAUUUGAGCAUUACACGAUCAAGGCAUUGGCCGCUUAUCUGACCGGUAUUGGCAUGGAAACAAAUCGGGAGCUUAAUACGGUAAGCGAUAGAUUUACUAGCAAUAAUGAGGACAUUGCAAUAGUCUCCAUGGCCUGCCGAUUGCCAGGUGGCGUGACAACUCCAGAGGAAUUCUGGCAACUUCUCCAGAUGGGAGGAGAUACCAUCAUUGACGUGCCUAAGGAUCGCUGGGACGCUGAAAAGCUAUACAAUUCAGAUCCUGAUACCGAGGGUACAUCGUAUUGCGCCAGAGGCGGCUUUCUGGACUCUGUUUACUCAUACGAUGCACCUUUUUUCGGAAUCUCCCCUCGUGAGGCGCAGGCGAUGGAUCCAGCACAAAAUCUGAUGCUGGAGUUGGGGUGGGAAAGUUUUGAGCGAGCAGGCUAUACGAGGGAACAAUUGCGAGGGAGUGCAACAGGUGUGUUCAUUGGCGUGAGUAACAACGGAACAACGAAUGCCAUCCCGCCUGACCUCAAUGGAUAUUCAAUUACCGGAAGCGCCAGCGCCACCAUAUCGGGCCGUCUGUCAUAUACUCUUGGUCUGGAAGGUCCAUCUCUAGUAGUUGAUACCGCAUGCUCCUCGUCUUUGGUAGCCACACACCUAGCCUGCAAUGCUUUACGGCAGGGUGAGUGCAACAUGGCUUUUGUUGGUGGUGUAAGCCUUCUGCUCACCCCGGGUAUACACAUUGAAUUUAGCAAGCUCCGUGGUCUCUCUGCAGAUGGUCUCUGCAGGGCAUUUUCUGAGGAUACAGAUGGCACGGGGUUUAGCGAGGGCGCUACUUCUGUCGUGUUGAAGCGCCUGUCUGAUGCUCAGCGUGACGGUGAUAACAUUCACGCUGUAUUGCGUGGCACCGCAGUCAUGCACGGUGGCUACAGUGCUGGUCUAACAGUCCCUAACAGCCCAGGCCAAGUGAAGCUUAUCCGUGCAGCUCUAGCACAAGCUGCGAUGAAACCUGGCGAUGUUGACUAUAUUGAAGCUCAUGGUACCGCCACUAAACUUGGUGACCCUAUUGAAGCAACUGCAUUGGCUGAAAUAUUUGGCGACGGACGCUUGGGGUCUGACCCGCUGAGGCUAGGGUCGGCGAAAUCGAACGUUGGACAUACCCAGGCUGCUGCCGGCCUUGUCGGCUUGCUAAAAGUAGUUUUAUCAAUGCAACAUAAUACCCUACCGAAAACAUUACAUAUAAGCGAACCCACCAGGUCAGUUGACUGGAAAAGUGCCAACAUGGAGUUGGUUCUUGCUAGUCAACCAUGGCCGUCUAGGGAUUGCAGGCUUCGCCGGGCUGGUGUAAGCGCAUUUGGAAUCGGUGGUACCAAUGCCCAUGUCGUAAUUGAAGAGCCUCCUAAGCCUGUUCACAAGAACAAUGGUUGCGCUGUACCCGCUCCUGUCCCCCGCACUAUACCAUUUUUGCUCUCUGGAACCAGUGAAUCGGCCCUUAGAGCACAGGCUGAAAAACUCCGGUUAUAUAUUGAUAGUGGUAAUGGAAAAGAUGAUCGCCUCGCCGACAUUGCCUACUCCUUGGCUACUGGCCGUACACACUUUCAACGCAGGCAGGUAGCAGUUGCGAGAGAUAAAGCACAAAUGCUGGAAGCCCUGGCAUCAAUAAGCUCGAAUUCAGAUAAGCUUUUUAAUGCGAAUGAGAGCGGGAAGGCAAAGUUAGGGAUGCUCUUCGCCGGACAAGGCAGCCAGCGGCUAGGGAUGGGCAAGGAACUCUAUGCUGUUUAUCCUGUUUUCAAGACUACUCUGGAUGAAAUUGUAGCUUUGUUCACAGAAUUGGAGUUCCCACUUCACGAUAUAAUGUGGGCUCAGCCGGGAAGUUCACACGCCUCAUUACUUGACAGAACCGAUUUCACCCAAGCUGCCCUGUUCGCUCUUGAGGUUUCUCUCUGGAACUUGUGGCAGAGCUGGGGCGUACAACCCGACUUUCUACUUGGCCACAGCGUGGGAGAGAUUGCAGCAGCUCAUGUUUCAGGUAUUUUGAGCUUAUCUGAUGCUUGCCGGUUAGUGUCCAUGCGCGGAUCUUUGAUGCAAGCUCUUCCCAGUAAAGGGAAGAUGGCUUCACUAGAAGCCAGCAGCUUUGAGGUUGAAGAAAUUAUCAACGAACUGAGCCAGAGAGACAAGGUUGAAAUAGCAGGCUAUAACACACCUUCACAAAUUGUUAUCUCUGGAGAUACUGAUGCAGUUGAGACUGUAUCAGCCCAUGUUUUCAACAUGGGUCGUAAGACCAAAGUGCUUGAUACUAGCCACGCUUUCCACUCAGGUCAUAUGAAUGGCAUGUUAGAUGCCUUCAGAGUUGCACUCGAAGGUCUUCAAUUCAAUCCAGCAAAGAUACCCAUAAUCAGUAGCAUGACCGGUUCACUAGCUGCAAGCGGCGAACUUCAAUGUGCGGAAUAUUGGGUCAAACAAGCCCGACAUGCUGUAAGAUUUAGUGAUGCCUUUCACGAGCUUACUCAACAAGGAGCCAAUAUCUUCCUUGAGAUAGGGCCUAGCUCGACGCUUUGUGGGCUGGGUGCAGCCUGUUUUUCGAAUGCUUCUCAAAUAAGCAUGGCUCUUUGGUUACCUUCCCUUAAACCAAGAACGGAUGACGUCUCGGUUAUCCAAAAUAGCGUGCACGAGUUACACACGCGGCAUGUACCAAUUAACUGGGCCGAAUAUUUCAAGCCUUUUGACUGUCAAAGAGUUAACCUCCCUACUUACGCCUUCCAGCGGGUGCCUUACCAGCCGACAAAGAAGGUCAGCUGGCUCAAUGGUAUCGCACAAAAUGGUGAGCCGCAAGGGGUCGUAAACGGGGUGGAAAAUAUGAUGUUUGAAAUGAAUUGGCAUCAAGUCCACUCAGACAAAGCCAAGCCUCACGGCACCUGGGGGCUUCUUGCUUUAUCCGAUGGAACUACGUGGGUGAAAAGUGCGCACAGCGCAUUGGAAAGCUCAGGAGUUCAACUGGUUCAUAUCGCCAAUCUUGAAGAGGCCAAGCCGCUUAAUGGCGUACUAGCUUUCUGGGAUUCCGAUGCCGACGUCGUUCAAAAAGCGCACAGCUUCACUGCUGCAGCCCUAGCUCAUCUACAGAACGCAAGCAAGUUCGGAUUUACGGCGCCAAUUGUUUGGGUUACUCGGCACGCGGUUGGCGCGGGUGCUAGCGACCAGCCGGUCGGUAUCGGGGCCGGGCCGCUGUGGGGUCUGAUGCGGGCAACUAGGAGCGAACACCCUGAGUUGAAUCUCAGGCUGAUUGACGUGGAUGACGAGACAAGCUUGACCACCCUUGGGACGGCCCUGGCAGUAGAUAACCAGGCAGAAGUUUCUAUCCGCAAGGGGCAACUACUUGUGCCUCAUUUGGAACGCGCUAGCUUGGUCUCCGCACCCGCUGAAAAACCACUACUUCGAACGAAUGGCGCGGUGCUGGUCACUGGAGGCCUUGGUGAUCUCGGAGGCCGUGUGUCCCGCAGGCUGGUCAGUUGCCAUGGGGUUCGCGAUUUAGUUCUUUUGUCUCGGAAUGGCAAGGAGUCUGCUAGAACUGAUGCAUUUGUUGCCGAGCUCGCAAAACUGGGUGCCAACAUUACCAUAGUUCGCGGUGAUGUUGCAGACCUUAGCAGCCUCAAAGCCGCCAUGCAGAUAUUUACUACCGAUAGGCCACUACGAGGUGUGAUUCAUGCAGCUGGAGUGGUUGAUUCCGGUGUUUUGUCAUCUUUAACUCCUGAGAAAUGCGCCACGACAUUUGCACCCAAGGUAGAUGGCCUUUGGAACCUGCAUCGUCUAACCAAAGACAUGGAUUUGGACGUCUUCAUGAUGUUUUCGUCUAUUUCCGGUAUCAUGGGCCUGCCCGGACUUGCGAAUUACGCCGCUGCUAAUUCUUUUAUUGAUGCUCUCGCCUACCUACGUCGUUCCCAGGGCUUGCCGGCUACUUCGGUAGCUUAUGGUGUCUGGGGCGGAGAUGGAAUGGCAACUACUCUCGUAUCAACGACUCGUAAUCAUCUCUCGCAGCUUGGAUUGGGCUUCUUGGAGCCAGAGGAUGGUUUGAAGUUGUUUGAACAAGCAAUUCAACGCGGACAAGCACUCACCAUAGCUGCAGUUCUAGAUCUUGAACGGCUCAAGAGUUAUUAUGAAGAACAAGGCGGCAUACCUCCAUUCUUACGCUCAGUUAUGGGUGAACAGAAAGUUAAAUCAUCUGUAAAUUCUGACGUGAAUUUACAAGACAUGCUGGCCAGGUCAGCUCCAGAGCAGCACGGGAGUGUUGUGCUACAGGUUGUUCGCAAAGCCAUAGCUAAAGCAUUAGGGUAUACCGAAAUGGAUGACAUAGACGCCAGAAAACCCCUAAAGGAGCUGGGAAUUGACUCUCUAACCGCUAUCCUGGUCCGCAACCAUCUAGCAACGCUGACUGGUAUGACAUUACCACCAAACAUCGCACUUCUUCGUCCAGAUCUCAAGUCACUCAGCGAAUUCAUUCUAUCCUUUUUGCAAGACAAUAUUGAAGCUGGCGCAUCUUCCUUACCAAACACCAACGGCCACACUAACGGCCAUACCAAAGCAAACGAUCACACCAAUACCAAUGGCCACGCCAAUGGCAAUGGUGUCUCAAGUUCUAAUGGCACGCUAAAGUCCAAUGGUACCAAUGGCGCCAGUGGUGCACGAAGUUCCAACGGUGUACCCCAGACUAAUGGCGCAUCUAAGUCCAAUGGCGAGGCUAAACCUGAUAGUGGGAUGAAGGCGAACGGCUCAGCACCAAGAGCUGCUCCUCAUGUCGAUAUGGCAGCUAUUAAGAGAGGCGUACUGGAUCCGAGUUUCCAGUUCGGAAACAUAACAAAACACCCUCUCACAUGUUUAAAUGCUCCCAAGGCGGUGUUCGUGACAGGACCAACGGGGUUUGUUGGCGCAUUCAUGGUUCAUGAGUUUCUCAGAAGAGGUAUAACUGUAUAUUGCCUUGUGCGCUCCCAUAGCCUCGACCAGGCUCAAAAACGCAUGGGCGCAACACUACGGGAAUAUAAUCUCUGGAAACCAGAGUACGCAUCGCUGAUUCGCCCUGUCAUCGGUGACCUCUCUCAACCACUACUUGGCCUCCACCAAGAUGUGUUUGAUAAUCUGGCCAAUGUAGUCGAUGCCAUACUUCAUUCAGGAGCUCUUGUGGACUGGAUGCGUCCAUUGGAAGACUAUAUUGGCCCCAAUAUUCUGGGUACUCACGAAAUCUUACGUCUUGCUUCUCAUGGACGAGGAAAGGCAGUCCAUUUUAUAUCAACGAUCUCCACACUGCCUAUUCACUUAGGCUAUGGUCUUACUGAACUUGAUGGAGAGUAUGGCUAUGGUACUUCAAAGUACCUUGCUGAGAGGAUGAUUGUAGCAGCUCGUUUCCGCGGUGCAGUAGCAUCGUCCUAUCGACUACCAUUUGUCGCCGCUUCAGGUGCUAAUGGCCGUUUCCGUCUUGAUCGUGGCGACUUUUUAAAUAAUCUUGUUAUGGGAAGCCUUGAUUUGGGAUCUUUUCCAUCCUUGAAGACCACUCUAUCCAGCGUUCUCCCGGUUGAUUAUCUAUGCAACACUAUUGCAAUGAUUAUGACUGAGGAUCAGGGGCGCAUUGGCGAAGAUUACGACUUUGUGAAUCCACAUGCACUUAGCUUUGAUACCUUCUUCGGGGUUAUGGGUGCUGCCAGCGGUAAACUAGAAGUCAUUCCUUUUAGCCAGUGGCAUUGUCAAGCCCUUGAAUAUGCAGCACGCAAUCCGAAGAGCCCAUUGGCCCGCAUCACCACCGUUCUCGAUGGCUAUACAGAUGAGACGGCUGGAGCCUUAUUGAAGGGCAGCCCUGUUGGCAAGCAUGUUUUUGGGCUGGAUACAUAUCCUGCCCCAGUGAUUGGCGAGGAAUACAUACGUAAAUAUUUGGAUUCAAUCAAUACUACAAGACAAAAAGACGGACUAUGA